CCAGCCCCUUUUCCCUCCAUGGUUUCUCUCCGCUCCCGUGAGUAACUUGGCUCCGGGGGCUCCGCUCGCUGCCCGCACGCCGCACGCCGCCCGACACCGCGCCGCCAGCCUCUGCCCCGAGCAGACAGACCCCUUCCGACGGCCCUCGCUGCGCAGGCCGGAACGCCUCUCCCCCCUCCGCCCCCGCCGCGGAAAGUUAAGUUUGAAGAGGGGGGAAGAGGGGAACAUGGACAUGAAGAGGAGGAUCCACCUGGAGCUGAGGAACCGGACCCCGGCAGCUGUUCGAGAACUCGUCUUGGAUAAUUGCAAAUCAAAUGAUGGAAAAAUUGAGGGCUUAACAGCUGAAUUUGUGAACUUAGAGUUCCUCAGUUUAAUAAAUGUAGGCUUGAUUUCAGUUUCAAAUCUCCCCAAGCUACCUAAAUUGAAAAAGCUUGAGCUCAGUGACAAUAGAAUCUUUGGAGGUCUGGAUAUGUUAGCAGAAAAACUUCCAAAUCUCACACAUCUAAACUUAAGUGGAAAUAAUAAACUGAAAGAUAUCAGCACUUUGGAACCUUUGAAAAAGUUGGACUGUCUGAAAAGCCUGGAUCUAUUUAACUGUGAGGUUACUAACCUGAAUGACUACCGAGAGAGUGUCUUCAGGCUUCUGCCCCAGCUCACUUACCUGGAUGGCUAUGACCGAGAGGACCGUGAAGCCCCUGACUCAGAUGCUGAGGUAGAUGGUGUGGAUGAAGAGGAGGAGGAUGAAGAAGGAGAAGAUGAGGAAGACGAGGAGGAUGAGGAUGGUGAAGAAGAAGAGUUUGAUGAAGAAGAGGAUGAAGAUGAAGACGAAGAUGUAGAAGGGGAAGAAGAUGAAGAUGAAGUCAGUGGAGAGGUAAAAUGUCUUUCCAAUGGUCUCAAAGCCCAUUUGUGUUAUUGUACAGAGGAGGAAGAAAGCGGGAAAGGUGAGAAGAGGAAGAGAGAAACAGAUGAUGAAGGAGAAGAUGAUUAAGACCCCAAAUGGCCUGCAAAAACAGAACUGUUCAGUAUUGGUUGGACUGCUCAUGGAUUUGGUAGCUGUUUUAAAAAUAAUAAUAAUAAUAAUAAAGGUAGCUGUGAUACAAACCCCAGGACACCUACCCACCCAAAGAGCCAAAGAAUAGUUCCUGUGACAUUCCACCUUCCUCCAUUUAGUCCCUCUUGGUAAUCCACCACCAAGCUUGGGGACUUUACCCCAACAAAAUUGUAAGCGUUGUUAGGUUUUCGUGUAAGACUCUUGCUGUAG